AUGACGACAACAAUCAUCGUUUGUCUGAUAUUGAUGUUGCAAAUGUUUACUGGUUAUGGUGAUGACUCAAUAAAUCUAUUAGUUCGUUCAUCUAAUGAUUCAACUAUUCGUCGAUAUUGUGUUGAACUUGCUAAAUUACCGAAUGGUCGUACAAUCAAUGUUACAAGUUUUGGUUGGCAUAAUCCAUACAUUGCAUCAUCAUCGGUCAAUGCUUGUAACAUAACUGAUCUAGCUGACUCUUUACCACAAACAUUUCCAAUACUGACAACUCUUAUUAUUUAUGAGCAUCAAUGUAAAAUGACUGAACAUGCAUGGCAUGUUGAAAAACAAUAUGGAAAAAAUAUAUCUUUAUUAAUUUUAACAAAUCGCACAAAUACUCAUUAUGAAUUAAAGUUUAAUACAACGGAUAUGCCUGUAUCAAUACCUGUACUUAUAUUAGUGCAAAAAGAUUUUAAUAAAAUCAGUAAAAUAUAUACUAAUAUGAGUGAUAUUGAAAUAUCAAUGAAUUAUGCUCCUGUUAUUCCAAGAAAAUUUCGUCCAGCUACAUUAUUAAUGUUUGCACUUGUUUUCAUUAUAUUACUAUGUGGAAAUCAUUGGGCUGCUGAUGAAUUUAUGAGUAAAAUGCGAAAAAACAAUCCAAAAACUCAAAAUGUACCAUCCAAUUUAAAUACAAUACCGACAGCAAAUGAAUUUCAAGAUAGUCCUGCACAAGAAACCAUCAUACCAAAAUCAACCACAAAUGCUCAUGAUGAUGGCGAUAAUAGAUCAUUACGAAAUACGGAACCACCGAUUCUUCAUUUGUCCUAUUGUAUUAUUGUAUUUAUUUUAUGUUUUGCUGUUGGAUGGCUUUUACUUAUUUUUUAUUUUCCCAAAGUUAUGGUCUACAUUCUUCAAGCUCUUUUCUGUAUCGGUGCUUUUUCUUCAUUAAUUACAUGUCUUACUCGCUUGAGUUAUUUUGCUCCAAUACUUCGCCGCUAUCAUAUUCAACCACAAACUUUUCAUAAGCCAUGUGCCUGUAAAUUAAGUGCAAUAAAUAUUUUUACCUUGUGCGCAAUCAUUCUAUCAUUAACUACUGUUGUCACUUGGUAUGUAUUUCGUCUAGCUGAUUGGGCAUGGAUUCUACAAGAUAUUCUUGGUGCCGCUGUUUGUGUAACAGUUAUAUCAGUUUAUAGACUUGGAAACAUGCGUGUUAUUACAUUAAUUUUACUUGGCUUCUUUCUUUACGAUAUAUUUUUUGUUUUCAUAACGCCUUAUAUUUCAUUUUUUCAACCAUCACAUCCAAAAAAUGCAUCAACAACAACAACAACAACAACAACAGCAACAACUAUGAAACCAUUGACAUCAACAAUAACAGAUAUUACAACGACGAUAUCGUCCAUCAUUUCAUCAAAUAUUCACAACUUGAAAGCAUCUGAAAAAGUAUCCAGAAAUCCAUCUGUUAUGGAACAAGUUGCUUUAGGUAUCGGAGCCGAUGGUGAAGUUGUUCCACUUUUGUUUGCUUUACCUUCAUUUAUACCCGAAUCAGAGAUGGAUCCUUGUAUGGCAAAUAGAAAGUCAAUGCUUGGCUUCGGUGAUAUUAUUUUACCGGGUAUUCUAUUAACGUUCUGUAAAAUAUUUGAUAUGGCAAUGGACCAUCGUUGGUCUAUUUAUUAUAUACAAUCAAUGAUAUCUUAUUUUAUUGGUUUAUCUUUAACACAUAUUGCGCUGUAUUUAAUGAAUACUGCUCAACCAGCACUUCUUUAUUUAGUUCCAUGUAUACUCUUAUCAACAAUUAUUACUGGCAUAUGUCGCGGAGAAUUAAGAGAACUUUAUACAGGAAAACGCAUUCAAUCAUUACUUGAAGAUAAACCAAAGACGUCACUAUUGCACAGUUACGAUAAUUCAGUUGAAGAUCAAACCAAUCAAUCAAAUGAUGUUGUUAUUGGAAUCAGUGAUACAGUCGGAACUGUUAAUGGUGUCGAGAAUCAAUAG